AUGGACAUGCCCGCGGCGGUGGUUGAGGGUCCGGAUGGCCUCCGGGAGCGACGAGGCUUGGGGGAGGCUGGGAGGCAGCAGCAGAACCACCAUGUGCGGCCUCAGUCUGGGGCAAACGGGCUUCCCAGACACCCCUACUGGUUGGGUCUCUGGCUCUUCAUCCUUCUAGAUGUGGCGUUGUUUUUCUUCAUGUAUCUUUUGCCCUGA